AUGGCGGGGAAGCACAAAGAUAUUCGGAAUAAACUAGGCAUGAACGAAGCUUUCUUUAUUGUCAUGGGAGGCUUUCUUACGGACACCAUCGAAUACCCCAUACCCAAUCAAAAACAGGAAGAAUACGAAAGCUUGCAAUUGACGCCGGGUACAUAUACGGCAAUUCUAACCCCUGCUGGCUUCCUGCACUAUCUCAAAAACGAUUACAUCAACGAGAAGUCCUUCGACGUGGCCGAGAUCAGAGAUAAAGGUAAGGUAAAUAAUAUUGCAAAGUUAUUGGCCUAUGGUCAGGCGUUGUGGUUGAUCGUGCAGUUUUUGGCACGCUGGGGAGCUCACCUUUCGGUGACUCUCUUGGAGGUUCAUGUACUCAUACAGGUGUUCUGCACAACAUUCAUCUACAUUUUCUGGUGGUACAAGCCUCUGGACGUUGACGAGCCUGUCAAGAUUACCUUGGAAAAGCUAUCCCCCGACCAUCAUGAUCCAGACUCAGGAAACGAGAUUAAUGCGGAAUUCAGCCCCGCCCAAGCUCUUAUUGAACCGAAUUCGCCACCAAACCCACCCGACCUUAGUUAG